AUGGAUUUAGUAGCUAGUUGCAAGGAAAAAUUGCAAUAUUUUCGGAUUAAAGAGCUCAAAGAUGUGCUCACUCAGUUGGGACUUUCAAAGCAGGGAAAGAAGCAGGAUCUUGUUGAUAGGAUAUUAUCUAUUCUUUCAGAGGACCAAGGGUUUGUCAUUGUGUUUUUGGAGCACAAUUUAAUAUUCAAUCCAGUCAUCAGCUCAGCUGAAGUUCUAGCUCAAUGGUUAAUAUUGGUCAACCGUAUUGGAAAAAUUGAAUGGAAAACAUCGUGGAUGAUCCUGGGUGGAAGAGGCACUAUGGGUGUGAGUCACAAGAAACCUAUUUUAGCCAUGAUUGGCAUCAAUUUUCUUUACAAGGGACGCCCACCUUUAUCUGGCAACAUAUUCUGGCCAGCUGUUACAGGAGGGCAUCCACAACUUAAGCAGCCUCUGCUCUCCAUAGUUUCCAAUCAUCCUCAGACCUGCAGCAAUUUUCUGGAAAACCUCAGCCAGUCUUUCAUCCCACUACCUGCUGUAGCAUUUUCAGUUCAGCUGCUUUGUCUUCUUUUUGGGAUUGACAAGUAUGUGGUCAACAAUUACUACACAAGCCUUUAUCCCACUAGGGAUGGUGGGUUACACAGCAAUGAACCUCAGCCCAGAGUAAAAGAUGACAAAGUUGGAAAGCAACGGGUGGCCAAAUUAGUGGAGGACACAUAUAGAAAAUUGCAGGUAUCUGGGGCCAUUGACCCAUCAUCAAAGGGACAAGGUGCCUCUGACAGUAGUAAUGUGAAAAUUAAAGGUGAAAUUGAGGAUUCCUUUCAAUCAGAUACAAAGAUUCGCUGUCUAUGUGGAAAUGUAUUGGAUACAGAGCCAUUGGUCAAGUGUGAAGAUACAAGAUGUCAUGUGUCGCAGCACAUCAACUGUGUUAUUAUUCCAGAGAAACCUAUGGAUGGAAGCACACAUGUUCCUGAUAAAUUCUAUUGUGAAAUAUGUCGACUUGAUCGAGCAGACCCGUUCUGUGUUUCAGUGACACACCUUUUGUUUCCGGUGAAGCUGACCACAACCAAUAUUCCCACUGAUGGAACCAACCCAGUUCAGAGUGUGGAAAGAACGUUUCAACUCACAAAGGCAAACAAGGAAUUGGUAUCAAAACCAGAAUAUGAUGUUCAGGCUUGGUGUAUGCUUUUGAACGACAAGGUUUCAUUCAGGAUGCAAUGGCCACAAUAUACAGAUCUAAAGGUCAAUGGUCUUCCUGUUCGUGCAAUUAACAGACCUGGUUCACAGUUGCUUGGGGCUAAUGGUCGUGACGCUGGUUCAAAUAUCACACCAUAUUCAAAGGACGGAAUUAAUAGGAUUUCCUUAACAGUGUUGGAUGCUCGCAUAUUCUGUUUAGGGGUCCGUAUUAUUAAAAGGCUCACCAUGCCAGAGUCAAGGUUGCUUUCCAAACUUGCCUUACUUUUCAAUUAUAGUAUUCUGGCUGACUUUUGGUUCCUUCAAUCCAAGCUUAUUGGAACAGUCAAGUUUGAUGUUCUAAGCAUGAUUCCAGAGGAGUCUGAUGGUGAGCGUUUCGAAGAUGCUCUUGCACGUGUUUGCUGUUGUGUUGGGGGCGGAAAUGCAAAUGAUAAUGCUGAUAGUGAUAGUGAUUUGGAAGUGGUUUCAGAUACUUUUAGCAUCAAUCUCCGUUGCCCUAUGAGUGGUUCAAGAAUGAAGAUUGCAGGAAGAUUCAAACCUUGUGUUCACAUGGGCUGUUUUGAUCUUGAAGUUUUUGUUGAAAUGAAUGAACGAUCAAGGAAGUGGCAAUGCCCUAUAUGCCUUAAAAAUUAUGCUUUGGAGAAUAUCAUUAUUGACCCGUACUUCAAUCGCAUCACUUCUCUGAUGAAAAAUUGUGGAGAAGAGAUUACAGAGGUUGAGGUGAAGCCUGAUGGUUUUUGGCGUGUCAAGGUUAAGAAUGAAAGUGAACGCCGGGAGUUGGGGACUCUUGCUCAAUGGCACCGUCCUGAUGGAUCCCUCUUUGUUUCUACUGAUGAAAUAAAGAGAAUGGAAAGUUUAAGGCUCAAACAGGAAGGUGUUUCAGAUGGUCCUAUUGGUUUAAAGCUUGGCAUCAGGAAGAAUAGUAAUGGUGUUUGGGAAGUCAGCAAACCUGAGAAUACAAACACCUCUUCUGGUAUUAAUAGAUUGAAUGAGGAUUUUAAAAAUGAUGAACAUGUUAUUAUUCCAAUGAGCAGCAGUGACACUGGAAGUGGCCGGGAUGAAGAUGAUCGAAGUGUAAAUCAGGGUGUUGGUGGGCAUAUUGAUUUUUCUACUGCCAAUGGUAUUGAGAUGGAUUCUGUGUUUAACAAUAAUAUUGAUUCAGCUUAUGGAUAUUCUGUUCAUAAUGCAUCUGCUCCAAUGGGUGAUGCAGAAGUUAUUAUUCUUAGUGAUUCAGAAGAAGAAAACGAUGUGAUGAUGUCUCCUACUCCUAUAACUGGGUACAAUAAUAAUCAAACUAGUGCUCCAGUUGAUGUUUACUCCGUGCUGGAGCCUGUAAUUAUUGAUUCAUAUACGGAAGAUCAGAACCCUGGUGGAAAUGCAGGCUUGGGAGUUUUUAAUAAUCAUCCCAGUGAAGAUGAUUUUGGGAUGUCCUCCCUCUGGCCAUUGCAAUCUGGAACUCCAGCAGUUUCUGGAUUCCAAUUAUUUAGCUCUGAAGUGGAGGAUGUAUCAGAUACGUUGGCUGGUUUGCAGAAUGGUAAUAUGAAUUGCUCGUCAUCACUGCAUGGUUAUAUGUUGGCCCCAGAUAAUGUUAUGGGAUCUAGCACUCUUGCACCAGAAUCAUCAGUAGUGCGACCUGAUGAUGAUUUACAUGGUGGCUUGGUUGACAAUCCUCUGGCAUUUCCCAGAGAAGAUCCCUCCCUUCAGAUUUUUCUUCCUACAAAACCAGCAGAAUCAUCUAUGCAGCAUGAAUUGCGUGAUCAUGCAGAUGUAUCAAACGGUGUCUUCACUGAGGAUUGGAUCUCUCUUAGUCUUGGAGGUGGUGCCACUGGCAGUAAUGGUGACACUUCAACGGCAAAUGGAUUGAAUUCCAGAUCGCAAAUUACAUCCAGAGAAGAUGCCAUAACUUUGACAGAUACUGCUCCUUUACUUCUUGGUAUCAAUGAUGUUAGAUCUGACAAGUCAAGUAGGAAAAGGUCGGAAUCAGAUAGCCCUUUCUCAUUUCCCCGCCAAAAACGUUCAAAACUGAAGAAAGUUGAGCAGCAUUUUUGGUCCUCAGGAAAUGGAAGAUGA